AUGGAAAAUAAGUCGGAGAAGAACUCAAAGAAGGAGAAGGCCGUUUGGUCGUUAAAGAAGGUGAUUAGCAAAGAGCUGUGGCCAAGGAAAUUCUCAGUGUUCAAAUGGAAGCGUCUGGAUUUUCAGACGACCAUCGUAGACGACGUCGUCUUCAAGGUUCUCUCUGCUGUGGAGGUCGUCGUUCUUGUCUCCACGCUCUGCUUCUUCUACCUUUGCUGUGGUUGCCACAUCUGA